AUGAGCAACGAGUCGGCAGAGAUGCUUGCUUCGCAGCUCCUGACGGAGCAUCUUGGUUUUCAACCUAUCUCUGUGAUUGACGACAUCAUCAACAUGAUCAACGAAAUUAUGUAUCGAUGUACAGAGCAAUUGGAGCUGGCUUUGAUCCAGAAAAAAUUCGAUAAAGAGGAGGAGGGAAGACAGCAGCAAGAGCGCAUCCUGCAGUCGCACAACGAUGAUGACGACGUGAUAGUAAACGAGGAAGAAAUACGAGAACAAACUACUACGGGAUUUAGCUACACCGUGGAAGACAUACAGAAGGGAACAGCCACUCUAGAAUCUUUGAUGGAGCAUGUGAUCAACAAAAACUUUGACAAGUUUGAGGUGUAUGCGAUGAGAAAUAUACUGAACAUACCGGCGGACCUUGUCGCAGGAGGAUUUGUGCGACUGAAACACCAUCGUGGGAUGGAAAUACGCGAUAAUAUAUCUGAGGAAGCACAAAGAUUGGAUUCUGAGUACGAGCGACUUGUGCGCGAGCUGGAGGCUGAAAUCGCCGCCAACAAGGUUCUGAACCAAAUGCUCUCCAAGUUCAGUCAGCUUCUGGACUACUCGAAGAAGCUCAAAGCAGAGCUGUCUUUCAUCGACCUGAAAUCAGAGGAGUCUCUAAAGGGCGAAACCAGCACCAUCCUCGAGAAAUUAACCCCUCUGAGGGAAACUUACAAAUUUCUGAUCAACGAGGUAAAAUAUAUGUAUGACAAAGUGGAAUCCAUGAAGGAACUCUUGAAUGACCCAAAAACAGUUGCAUUUGAUCACACCGAGGAGGAUAGGUACCUGAAUGGACGCAUCAAGGGAAUCUUAGAAGAGUUGGGCUUUGCAAAGGCCUCCAAGGCCUCCGGGUCCAAUCCUCAAGUCCAGCUGGAACUGGUGCAAAAGCUGAACAGUUUCUUGGACAAGGAGCUACAAUGA